AAUUAUUAAAGUUAUCUAAGCUUUGAACGGCAGAAAAUGAGGCAAUGGCAUAGUUGCACCACACUAUACGGUGACUCAACAGUCGACAGUGAGCUCGGCCAUCGGCGUUUUUUGCUCGGGAUCUGCAGUGUAGGGAGUCUUCUCAAGAGUCUUUAUUAGGGGUGCAAUCUGAAACGCAUGAGAAUUCAGUGUAUUUUGAGGUCAGAUUUUGGGCUUAGAGCAGGAGCCACGAGGAUUUUGGUGCUGAAAUACAGCACACCGUCCUUGGAGAUUCUGACAGCUUUUAAAGGAGGUUUGUAUAAAGGAGAUUGUUAUUAAUAGAAAACUGUAUAAAAGGCAGUGAUUUUCGCUGAUUUGAACUGUUGUAGCUUCUGAAAGCUUUUAGUAAUCAGGGAUGUUUGAUGGAGGCAUGACUAUGACGUUCAAUACUACUGUAAACUGCCCACCAGUUCUAGGUAAUUUGAGUAAAAACAGAAGUCAGUGUAGAACAAGACCAACCCCAUCAAUUGCAGUACAAAUGUAUUCAUCGCUUCUACAAACCGAUGAGAGUGGAAAUUUACCUGAAUCCAAAAAGUUAUCAGGUUCAUGCUCAGCGAUAUUUAAAUGCCAGGCUCAGAAUUCCCUGCUUAGUCAAGCAAAUACUGUCGGUAUUAUUGGAGGGGUUUCUGUUUUGUCCACUCUUAUUUUCCUGGAAAAACUGGUAUGCUGGAGCUCAAGAAAUGGAGAAGAAUGUGUUCCUUUUGUCGUCUGCAGUGAUCCAGCCUUGGAUGAGGGCCUUAUCUCUCAAGGUUCAAUUCAUUCAUCUUCAGGUGAAAUUGCUCAAAAGGAAGUGAAUCACGAACCUAUUGUUGAGAAUCUGAGGAAUAAAAGAGUAUUUCUUGAGCAGUCUGGAGCUCGUUGCAUAGUUACGCCAUGCCAUAUCUCACACGCAUGGCAUGAUGAGAUAUCUGAGGGCUGCUCGCUGCCAUUUUUUCAUGUCGGUGAAUGUGUUGCCAGAGAGCUUAAGGAAGCAAAACUGAAACCACUGGAUGCUGGCAGUACUGUGCGGAUUGGGGUGCUUGCCACCUAUGAAACUAUAGGUGCUGGUUUUUAUCAGGAAAAACUCCAGAAGCAGGGUUUUGAGGUUGUUUUGCCAGACAAGGGAACCAUGGAACACAUUCUGAUUCCUGCAAUUGAAUCAUUGAACAGAAGGGACAUGGAAGGGGCUCGGAACCUCUUGAGAGUUGCAAUCCAAGUCCUUUUAAUCAGCGCUGUGAAUGUUGUCAUCCUUGCUUCUGAUGAACUGCAGAAUCUUUUACCUCGAGAGGAUCCUCUUGUCAAAAAAUGUAUUGAUCCGAUGGAUGCUUUGGCCAGGUCGACUAUAAAAUGGGCCAAAUCUGCAAAGAAGAACAUUGAUCCCGGCUUAGACACACCUGCCCUUGUUCUAAAUGCAGAACCAACAAUCUGCAUGGUCAAAUGAAAAGAAGGGAAUUGUUUUGAAUGUGAAGAUUGACAAAAGAAGCCUACAUCAAGUCUCAGGCUCUGACAGUUGACAGCUGCCUUUACAGGUUGUGUAGAGAAUAGAGAAACCCAUUAAUCAGUAAUAACCUGUUAACGUAAAUGCGUAAAUCUAAUGUUCUUAGAA